CAGCUGCCCGGGUGCUGGUAGGAGGGUGGCUGCUUUCUCUGUGUACCAUCUGGAGACGCUGCCCAUAUCUGGAAGCCCUGGCACAGGAUGCAGUCGGAGGUGAAUCAGGGGAACAUGCCUGGGAUUGAGAGCACGUUUCUGGCCAUGGAUACAGAGGAAGGUGUGGAGGUCGUGUGGAACGAACUGAAUUUCACUGAUAAAAGAAUUUUCAAGGCCCAUGAGGAGAAGAUUCGCACCAUGUUCCAGAACCUGAUUGUUGUUGAUCAUCCAAAUGUUGUGAAGUUCCACAAGUACUGGCUGGAUGUGAAGGAGACAUCAGCACGAGUGGUCUUUAUAACAGAAUACGUCUCUUCUGGGAGUCUGAGGCAAUUCCUAAAGAAGACCAAAAAAAAUCGUAAAACAAUGAAUGCCAAGGCAUGGAAGAGAUGGUGCACACAGAUCCUGUCAGCGUUGAGCUACCUGCACUCAUGUGAUCCUGUCAUUAUACAUGGAAAUCUCACCAAUGACACAAUCUUCAUCCAGCACAAUGGACUCAUCAAGAUCGGGUCAGUCUGGCACCGAGUGUUUGCGAAUGAGCUUCCGGUUCCCGAUGAUCUCCGAACCCCAUUAAAGAUCCUGCGGGAAGAACAUCGCACUCUGCACUUCUUUCCUCCAGAGUAUGGUGGUGUGGAAGACGGAACUGCUGUAGAUAUCUUCUCCUUCGGCAUGUGUGCUCUUGAGAUGGCUGUGUUGGAGAUUCAGACCAAUGGGGAUAAAGUCACAUCGGACAGUAUUACCCGAGCCGUCGGGUCCCUGGAGGACCCCAACAUGAAGGAGUUUAUCCUGCAGUGCCUGUCACCCUCCGCGGGUCAUCGGCCAUCCGCCCACAACCUUCUCUUCCACAGAGUAUUGUUUGAGGUCCAUUCCCUGAAGCUUCUAGCAGCCCAUUGUUUCAUCAAUACACCCUACAUCAUGCACGACAGUCUGCUGGAGGAAAAGACCAAACUCAUUGAUCCACAGGCUAUUAUGUCUUCUAUACCACGGAAAGGCCAGGCCACAGUACAAUGGCGGUACUGUCAGGUCUCUUCUAUGGAGCUGGACAAGUUUCUAGAAGAUGUGAGAAAUGGAAUUUACCCACUCAUGAACUUUGCUGUGUCUCGUCCUCACAUCCUGCCGCGCGUCCUGUCACAGUCCCAGGAAGACAUACAGACCGCACAGACCCCCACACCUGAGCCCCUGGAGGUGGAGACCCGGAAGGUAAUCCAGAUGCACUGCAACCUAGAGCCCAGAGAAGACAAGGCACGCUUACACCUGACAUUGUACCUGAAAAUGGAGGACAAGUUACACAGACACCUGAGCUGCGACCUCCUGCCCAGUGAAAGUUCUCAGACGCUCGCCUUAGAGCUGGUGCAUUACGGCUUCAUCAGUGAGGAUGACUGUCAGAAGAUUUCCAACUUCCUGGAAGAUGCCCUACACACACAGCGCCACCCUCUCAACUGACGGCGGCAGUGGCGACACCGGUGAUUUAUCAGACUAUGGCAGUAGGGGACGUUUGUGCUUGUGGGCCAAAGUUGUCAUCUGCCCUGAUGCAUCCAGGAGGAGGAGGAGGAGGCAAGGACUGAAUCCAGCCUUGAGGAGCUCCCACAUACAGGACUGUGGUACUGCUUAGGAGAGCUGCUGGGUUCAGCAAUCAGGAAUCAGUCUGCACUGAAGAAGGAACCUUCUUCCUAACCACAUUGUGCCACAGGUCCAUUGGCAAUCCCAGGGACUAAUUGUGCAAUCUCUGCUACUUGUAUAAAGAGUUAUAAGUGAGCAGUCCAGGCUUACUGAUCCUACAAAUGUCCUUGUGUUUCAUUGCAUACUAAACUGAUCGUCCAGAACUCACUGCUGGGGAGUCACUUGUAAUAAUAAAGACUGAGAAAUGCUAUAGGGUGAGCUUCACGAAUGGUGAUAAUGUUAAUUGCAAGGUUGGAUGAGUCCUUCUGCGUAAGAUGGAGGAGUAAAAGUUGUGGUGUAACUAUGAGCAGGAGGACUGAGGAGUAAGGGUGGUAGUGGAACUUUGAGCAGGAGAGAUGUGGAGUAAGGGUGGUGGUGUAACUCUGAGCAGUAGGAAUGAGGAGUAAGGGUGGUAGUGGAACUCUGAGCAGGAAUGAUGUGGCGUAAGGGUGGUGGUGUAACUCUGAGCAGUAGGAAUGAGGAGUAAGGGUGGUGGUGGAACUUUGAGCAGGAGAGAUGUGGAGUAAGGGUGGUGGUGUAACUGAGCAGAGGGAUGAGGAGUAAAGGUCGUGGUGUAACUCUGAGCAAUAGAAAUGAGGAGUAAGGGUGGUAGUGGAACUUUGAGCAGGAAGGAUGUGGAGUAAGGGUUGUGGUGUAACUCUGAGCAGGAGGGCUGAGGAGUAAAGGUCGUGGUGUAACUAAGCAGGAGGGAUGUGGAGUAAGGGUGGUAGUGGAACUCUUGAGCAGGAAGGGUGUGGAAUAAGGGUGGUGGUGUAACUCUGAGCAGUAGUAAUGAGGAGUAAGGGUGGUAGUGGAACUCUGAGCAGUAGGAAUGAGGAGUAAGGGUGGUAGUGGAACUUUGAGCAGGAGAGAUGUGGAGUAAGGGUGGUGGUGUAACUCUGAGCAGAAGGAUGAGGAGUAAAGGUUGUGGUGUAACUCUGAGCAGUAGAAAUGAGGAGUAAGGGUGGUAGUGGAACUUUCAGCAGGAAGGAUGUGGAGUAAGGGUUGUGGUGUAACUCUGAGCAGGAGGGCUGAGGAGUAAAGGUCGUGGUGUAACUAAGCAGGAGGGAUGUGGAGUAAGGGUGGUAGUGGAACUCUUGAGCAGGAAGGGUGUGGAAUAAGGGUGGUGGUGUAACUCUGAGCAGUAGGAAUGAGGAGUAAGGGUGGUAGUGUAACUCUGAGCAGUAGGAAUGAGGAGUAAGGGUGGUAGUGGAACUCUGAGCAAGAAGGAUGUGGAGUAAGGGUGGUAGUGUAACUCUAAGCAGAGGGAUGAGGAGUAAAGGUUGUGGUGUAACUCUGAGCAGUAGGAAUGAGGAGUAAGGGUGGUAGUGGAACUCUGAGCAGUAGGAAUGAGGAGUAAGGGUGGUAGUGGAACUCUGAGCAUGAAGGAUGUGGAGUAGGGGUCGUGGUGUAACUCUGAGCAGGAGGGCUGAGGAGUAAGGGUGGUAGUGGAACUCUGAGCAGGAGGGAUGUGGAGUAAGGGUCUUGUUGUAACUAUGAGCAGAACUCUGCAUGCACCCUCCACUCUCACAAGCCCCUGGGCCCCAUAACAAUGGCAACCCUUGCGCCCACUAUAGCUAUGCCCAUGGUGGUGGUGAAAGUCUGAGCAGGUGAGUUAUGGAGAAGGCCAGGACUGAAACAUGGGAGAUGCAGAUAGGGCAUCAGAAGGUGGCAUGAAGUGAUGGCUGGUGGUGGAAGAACAAUAAGCAUAGUGACAGCGACCAGCUGCAGCGUGGGGCCCCGGGAACAGAGGCUUAUAGUGCGAUGUGCUGCUCUCUGCCAACAGCUUUGUGCUAUGUGAGAAUGUGUGAAAUGCAAAUACCCAGCUGAUCCUGUGAAUGCUCUUUUGUAGCCCGUAGCACAUGACCUGCCCUGUGUUACACAUACCUGCAUUGUGGCAGUACACGUACGCGCUUGUGUUUGCUGACACGUAGCUGGUUACUUGUAGCCGGCCGCUCCUGGGCUGCAGCACUAAUACUGUGUCACAUGAUACUUGUAUCUGUAUGUAGAAGUUCCUGUACAUUGCUGAUCAUAUCUACAAGCACUCAGCGGAUGUUAAUGAUACUAAUUACGUCAUCUUCUACCAUUUCUGAAACCUAUAGACACACAUUAGUCUACUGUUCAUGGCAUAUGCCGGGCCACCUCAGACUCCGCCCAUGCUUGAAUGGCACCACCCCCUCUCCGCUGUUUCCCACCCCAGCACCAUCACAUGCUUCGUCAUUGUUCCGGCCCCUGUCGAUCCAUCCCGAAUAUCCCCCUACUCGUCUGCCUCUCCGUGCGAGCCAUCGAGGCAAACACCCUGUGCGCACAUUGAGGAGAUGGGACAGACAUAUAUAUAUAUAUAUAUAUAUAUAUAUAAACACUAGCGUUUGGCCGUGGCUUUGCUUGCAUGCAUGUCUUAAAAAAAAAACAUCUCCCUUACAACCCGUUACAUCUAUCUGUGACCUGUGCCUCACUUCACCUCUCCAGAACUUCUCCCGUGCUGCUCCCCUGAUGGAACUACCUACCCUGACGGUCCAAACUCCCCCCCACCCCACCCCUGGCCUUCAAUAUAUCAAGAGCUCUCGCAAAGGGAUGCAGUUAAAAUGCCGGCUGUUGGGAUCCUGGCAUUCAGGAGACUGAGAUUGGAAUCCCAAUAGCCGGUGAAAUACUUCCGCCCGGAAUCCCGACUGCCGCCCGGUAUACAAGCUUAGUUGGUGUGUUCACAUCACCAACAGAGUGAGAAUAGAACCUGUGGUGAGCGAAGCAAGCCACCGGGCCUGAAGCGUGGUGAGGGGACUCACUGCCGGGAUUCCAUCAGACGGGAUGUGUCGGUAUACUGACAGCCGGCAUCCCCUCUAUUGGAAAAACAUACCAGACCCCUCUCAAAAACCACCUCUUCACUGUAGCCAAUCUUGCUCCCAUCUACUACACCCUCUGGGCACAAAUAGCUGCCAAUCUUUCCCACUAGCUCCUAUUGUUUCAGCAUUGCCCUCUGCCCGAACAGGACUUUGUCUACCCUUUCUACUCAUGAAUCAGUCACCGUCAUAUGCCUUUGCUGGUUUUUAUGUGAUAUUUGCUUUUUGUAUCAUUUGUUAUAUUGAUUGUUUGGAGAUGCAGACUUUUGUGGCACCUUAUAAAUAAAUAGUGAGAGAUCUUCUUCAACUCAA